AUGGAUCGGAUUACGGUUUGGUUCCAGAACAGACGAUCAAAGUUUAGAAAGUACGUGAGGGGCAAAAAUUCGAAAUUAAAAGAUUGGGGAUUUAAAUUGGAUUUUAAAUUUGACUCAGAAAAGAAGUAAUGUAUACUGUAUACAGUAAUCAGAAAAUUCUCAAAUUUAAUAAUUUUUUAUUACCCAACGUCCGCAACCUUUUAUCCGCAAAUCUUUUUUAUA